GACUUGGUAAAUACUGUACAUACAUGUGUCCAGAGCUGAAAGCAUGUGCUAAUGGAUUACUAAAACGAGGUUUGGUAUCUAAGAGGAAAAAGUUCCGGAGGCGUUUGCGACACUCUCUUAUGGUUACCUACGCCGACGAAGCUCUCUGCUUUAACGCCAGCUCUUUUGUUGCAAUUUGUCUUGGUCGAGUUAACUUAGUGCUUGAGAAGACAGCCCGGAAAGUGACGACAGCAGAAAGGCUCUCUAGGGCUUCUCGUUUAGUUUGAAGAUCAGUAGGUGUCGACAAGUCUACAAGUUUGUCGUGGGAGCGUCCUGAUGCAGACCAUGGGUUCACAAGAUCCUUGUGAGCAGGCGAGUUUCUGGGGCAUCGCAACAUGACUGCUUUGAAGACGGUGUUCAUAUUUGGCGAGUCUUGGUAGAACUCAAGGUUGGACAUCUGGACUGAAAGUGACGACAAGACAGCGCUGAAUCCAAACUUUCCGGCACUCAACCCAAACAGUUCGGUGCAUUAUGGCUUUGCCACACCGCAUGGCUGUUGAAUCCAUUAAUCCUGUUCCCUCUGCAUACAUGAAUACGGGAGAAGUCUUACCCGACUGGCUCAACAAGGGUGACAACGCAUGGCAGUUGACAGCGGUUACGUUUGUAGGACUCCAAUCUAUGCCCGGACUGGUCAUUCUCUUCGGCAGCAUUGUGAAGAAAAAAUGGGCAGUCAAUUCUGCAUUCAUGUCGCUGUACGCGUUCGCUGCAACGUUGUUGUGCUGGGUUACAUGGGCGUACAAGAUGUCAUUCGGAGAGUGGCUGCUGCCGAUGUGGGGGAAAGCCGGUACUACUCUCGGUUACGAAUUCUUGCUGGAGCAGGCGAAGAUGCCGUCCACAGUUCAUUUUUACAAAAACGGGACGGUAGAGUCAGAUGCAGUGGAAGCAAUGUAUGGUAUGGCGGACUUUGUGCUGUUCCAGUUCUUCUUCGCCGCUAUCACUCUCAUCCUUUUGGGCGGGUCCGUCCUCGGGAGGAUGAGCUUCCGAGCGUGGAUGCUGUUUGUGCCCUUGUGGCUCGCACUAUCGUACACCGUAGGAGCGUUCAGCUUGUGGGGCGGGGGGUUUCUGUGGCAGUGGGGGGUGAUUGACUACGCUGGAGGAUAUGUCAUCCAUGUCUCGUCCGGCGUUGCUGGCUUCGUCGCUGCGUUCUGGGUAGGACCACGGCUGCCGAAAGAUCGAGAGAGGUUUCCACCGAAUAACAUGCUGCUCAUGCUCACUGGAGCUGGGCUCCUCUGGAUGGGAUGGUCAGGGUUCAAUGGUGGCGCUCCUUUCAGUGCCAAUAUAAUCUCGGGGUUGGCUGUUCUCAACACACAUGUGUGCGCUGCAACAAGCCUCUUGACGUGGACUACCCUGGACGUAAUUUUCUUUGGAAAACCAUCGGUUAUCGGAGCUGUUCAGGGCAUGAUGACAGGACUUGUGACCAUUACGCCUGCCGCUGGGUUUGUGCCAGGGUGGGCUGCUUUGAUUAUGGGAGUUCUGGCCAGGAGUGUUCCAUGGUGGUCCAUGAUGUGGUUGCACAAGCACUGGUCGCUGCUGCAGGAUGUAGACGACACGCUAGGUGUGUUCCAUACGCACGCAGUGGCGGGGUGCUUGGGUGGGGUAUGUGUGGGGCUUCUCGCGGAUCCGACGCUGUGCGCGUACAUGGAUGUGCCGGUGACGAACUCCAACGGGCUCUUGUACGGUGGGAAUGGCGGGGUUCAAGUGCUGAAGCAGAUUGUGGGAGCUCUUUUCAUCAUCGGCUGGAACAUUGUGGUGACCACUUUGAUCAUCUUCGCUAUUGGCAUGGUCAUGCCUCUCCGCAUGUCGGAGGAGCACUUGCUGGUAGGCGACGAUGCCGAGCACGGCGAGGAAGCAUACGCUUUGUGGGGAGAUGGCGAGAAAUUUGAUGUCGGCAGGCACGCUCCUUCAACGGACAGCUGCGAAAUGGAUCAGAGCCACCACGGAUUUACCGACGAGUUCAUUCCAAGCUGCGACCAUCAUACUCUGCGCUCGAAUCCGAAACGUAGCAGAUCAUCAUCAGUGUCGUCACCUUUGCAAAUGAAAUUUAGUUGCUGUCAAAGCCAAUUUGCAAUAUUGCAAGCUGUUUUCAUUUGUUUCAAGGAAACAACCACGAUUCGCGGCGACCUUGAUUGCACGUGCCUGUUGGCACCUUGUAAUCCUAGUUAGUAUCAGUUACUUCAUCAGCGCAGGGUUUCUGAACCGCCCACACUGAAUCUAUCGGCUUGCCCAUCUCGGAGGGCAUUAAAACUUAGUGAACUAUUCUUUCUAGCUUAAUUUAGAUAAAAACCGCUCCUGACUUCGAUCACAGCAGCGAAGAGUCUAAAUGAUUUGAUUUUCAUUCCUGUGGCAUUCAAAUUAAUACUUUUUCGUGAAGCCUCUCAUCCUGAUGGCACCACCAUGGCGGUUCUGACUAUCAACUGUCCGUGCAACGGAACCCAAUUCAAAACAUCAAUGAACUAUCAACCAUUCAGAGCAUGAAAAAUAAUGACCAUCUGAUCCACUAAUGAGGUGCCACACAAGAUUAUGGAAACGAUUGUUGUGCAAAAUCUGAAGUUUUCAUCACUUGAAAGAACAGCGCGGUGAAAAAACAGCAGAUAAACUUGCGUAAAUAUCAAAAUAACCUGUAAUUCGUGAUAAAAUGAUAGAUGAAGAGCAGCACCUCUGAUUGCAAGUUCAUUUUCAGGACAUAAAUGAGGACCUCCACCAAAU